UGUAGUAAUAAACUAAUAAUCAUCAUUCCGGUACCUUCGUAGAAAAUAAAGAUUUUGAAACGUCCGGUACUGGUUAUAAAUAUCCUCCUCCAUAGCUCAUUCUUUAUACUUUACAGUCUACACCACUCUUAAACACCCCCUAAUUCUUUAAAAUUCAUCAACAAUGGCGGAACCCCCCUCCAUGAUCACAAUUUCCGCCGCAUACCCUCCUAACCCUAACGACAAUCUCUUCAGCGUCAUCUUCAACAACAACCGCCUUAUCCAAACCACCGUAACCUCAGACCCAUUCGUCCUAACAGCUUGGCUUUCCACCAUUUCCUCCGCUUCAAUAAUCGGUCUUGAUAUCGAAUGGCGCCCUAAUUUUAGUAAACAAUUCGAGAAUCCAGUCGCAACUCUUCAACUCUGUACUGCAUCUGAUUCCUCCACCACUACUUGCUUAAUCUUUCAGUUUUUUUACUGUUCUGUUCCUCUACCUAGGAUUCUUUUCGAUUUUCUUGAUGAUGGGAGGUUUACUUUUGUUGGCGUUGGGAUUCGAUCUGAUGCUGAUAUGUUGCUCGAAUGUCAUGGAUUGAGGGUGAGGAAUGUGGUUGACAUAUCGGAUCUUGUCGCGGACAAGAUUCACGGGACUAGAACAGGAAUGGGAUUGAAGCAAUUAGCUCAAGUUGUGUUGAAUGUUAAUGUUGCUAAGCCUAGGGAAGUUACUAUGAGUAGGUGGGAUGCUGAAUGGUUGAGUUUUCAGCAGAUUCAAUAUGCUUGUAUUGAUGCUUUCUUGUCAUAUGAGAUUGGGAAAACACUGAUCCCUCUUCCUUCCAUACCAAGAUCGACAACAUCGAACAAAUAAUCUGAUAAUGAGGUAAUUUUGAGUUUAAUUUUUAGGGUAAAAUUAGAGAAGAUGAUGGUUGGAAUGAUCAAGAAUUGAAGAAUUCUGUAUGAUUUUUAGGGUAAAAUUAGUUUGGUUAAUUAUGACUGAUUGUGGACAGCUUAGAUAAUGUGUAUGAACGACUAGUAUUGAUUUGCUAAUGGUUUCUUUUAAUGAUUUUGUUUGGUUAUCUGAUGCUUUUCUUAUGAAGAUAUUGUUUCUGAAAUUGGUUUCUCAUGGACAAGUAUAUAAUAAAAUUGACUUAUGACUUGAAAAUGGAGCAACAAUGGAGUCUGGAGUCUGGAGUCUGGAGUAUGAAGAGGGAAUGUUUUGCUAAUAUGGGGAUGCUAUUAGUUAACGUUUAACAAAUUUUUUACUAAACCAGUUGAAUUACCAUCACUUUUCAUUUUUGUCCAAUUGAAAAUUAUGUAUUUUUUCAUGAACUAUUUUUGUGAUAGACUUUUUUUGGUGAGACGAUCUUUUACCAUACAUAUUCUCAUAAUAUGAUGAAAUGACUUAUUUAAUUGAUG